AUGUCCCGCCGACCCCCGCCGAGGGAGUAUUACUCCAGCGAAGAAGAGAUCUACGAAGUCGACCGCUCCCGCGAACGAGAACGGGAGAGGCCUCCGCGCCCCCGUCGACGAGACCGAGACCGCAUCAUCGGAGAUGAUGUAGAGGUUGACGUAGACUACCACCGCCGACGCAGAUCCUCGCCUCCGCUCGAGGACGACUUGGAGGAACGUCUCCGUCUUCGCGAGCGGGAGCCGCCGCGGCCGCGGCCAAGGCCACCGCGUGACUUCAUGCGCGAGGCGCUCAGCAGUCCGCCGAGAGAACGAGAACGGGGCCCAAUGGUUAGGAGGCGAUCAAGAGAGGAGCUGGUUGAGGAGUUCUCGCCGGAGAGACCGAGGCCUGUUUCUCCCGCCCAGAUGGAGAGGGAGAUGGGGGAGAAGGUAUAUAUUCGUCCACCUGGACCGCGGCGGAGGCCUCGACCUCGUUCCAGGGAGGUGGAUGUGGAUGAAGAGGUUCUUCUUGAGGAGACGGAGAUAUAUAAGAGAGGUGGCGGGAGGAGGCGCCGCUCGACACAGGAGCUCGAGAUUGAGGAAGAUGAUGUGGUUUUUCGGCAUAGGGAGAGGGAGGGAGAUCCUCGGCGUCGCUCGACACGGAAGCUUGAGAUUGAGGAUGACGAUGUAAUUCUUCGACGGAGGGAGGAAGGCGAUCCUCGUCGUCGUGGAUAUGAGAGUGAAGAGGAGAUUAGGAUACGGGAUCGCAAGAGCGGCGGUGGGAGGAGACACGACGACGAGAGUGAUGAGGAGCUCUACAUCCGCUCGUCGCGACCAAGACGCCCUCCUCCCCGCGAAGUGACGGAAGAGAUAGUCAUCCUCGGCGGCAGUGACGAGGAGAACAGACGAAGCAGUAGGAGACGUCGUGGAGAAUUCAUGUUCGAAGACGACGAGGUGGUUAUUCGGCGCAAACCCGGGGAGCCACCCUACAGCAACCCUCGAUUUGAGGAUGAUCAAUUCCAGCCCAUUCUGGCGAGAUCGGACGAUGACGACGAUGAACUUGAUCUUCCGAGUCGCCGGCCUCUACGCGAUAGACCACGUCCUCGGCUUAUAGAUUCAGAAGAUGAUGAGGAGGCCAUCUUGAUGAGAAAAUAUGAGAAAGAUAGAGCUCGGAGAGAAGGCAGGAGGGACGUUGAUGUGGAUAUCCAGUGGAAGAGAGGUCGGGGGUCUGCUCGUGAACGGUCAUCUUCCGUGGAACCUAUCCGUGCGCCGCCGAUUCAUCAGGAUGUGUUUACUCACCAUCGACAUAUUGAUCAUGGUGAGACAAUAUCUGCUCUGAAAUGGGGGUUUGCUGAUGAACUACCAGGAAUGAAAGCAUCUCGCUCAGUUCGGGGAUCGAGCCCCGAGUUUCGGUCUGGAAGAGGUAGACUUGAGGAAUUGGAUAUACACCGUCGAAGUACUAGAAAUGGGGUUAGGUCCGAAGAGGACAUUGUCCUAGAACGAGACAAAGAAGACUCGAUUUCACCAUCUGGUCGACCAUCACCGGAGUUUCAAAACCCUUGGGAGCCCGACGAGACUUCAUUCUCACGGCUCUCGAACAAAUCCGUUGUCGACGAGAGCGAGUCGCUACUCGUUGGGCACUCCCAGAGUCGAGCAGGGAAAGCCCGAAGCGUGCGCGAUAUCGAAGAAGAAAUGCCAAUUCGCAGCAGCCGCAAGGAAGAUAUCGAGCCAAUGAAUGAUACAACCGACGAAUGGUCCGUCGUCCGUUCACCGUCGAAACCGGAUUUGGUUGAGAUGACCGGCGCUCUGACCUCUCGAGGAGACUCGGGACGGGGUUCAGAACGAGUUGCAGGCGUUGGACAGCAGGUUAUGAAUGUCAAAGACGAGAGAGACUCGCGCUGGACAGAGAUUACUAAGAAUCUAGUGGUGAGGGAGGCGAUUGAGCGGAUGGGAUAUGAGUAUGAAGAGACGAGGAUGUUCUACUAUAUCUUCUCGUACCUCGAACCGCGGGAUAUAGAUGAGCUCGUUGACCUCUCUGAUGAGAUCCGUCAGGCUCGCCGGCGCCGCAUUCGUGAGAUUCAUCGCGAGCGUGCUAGUCUGCCACCACCGUCUGCUUCACUGGACCGCCUCCCGCCGCGACCGCGCUUGCUGGAGGAGAAAAGGAUACGGGAGCGCGAUUGGGUUGUAGAUGCGCCUCGAAGAUGA